AUGUCAGUAACAUGAGAUUGCAGCUGAAUUGGUGCGUAAAAUUUGUUAUCCAUUUCCAUUUGGUCGGAGAUCGAUGAGCUCUCCUUCCUCGCCGCAUCGUUCUCGCGGUGGUAACAGCGACGGAGAGGAAAGGCCGAGAAACUUUGAUCGUAGGGCGAAGAGUAAGUGCUGGGAGAACGCACAAACUGUUCCAGGUCGACACCCUGAGAGAUGGCGCAAAGACGCAGCUGGUAACAUCGUCUGCAAGCGCUUCUGCAACUGCCAUGGCUGCCUCUGUUUCGAGUACGAUCACAUCGUUCCCUACUCCAAAGGUGGUGAAUCGACAGCAGAGAACUGUCAAAUUCUUCAAACAAGGGUGAAUAGGUUCAAAUCAGACAAAGAUUAUGUGGAUGCCACUCAGUUGAAGGGCUACUCUUGUGAUAUCAAGUUCACUGACAAGGAGGUUGACAUCAUCGAAAUGGCGGUUUACGGAGAUGUGAUUAGACCUGGAAACCAGUGCCGUUGCCGAACUUUUGCUGAAAUGCUUGGCCAGUACAAGUCAAAAAAUCGGAUGGCUGCUUGUAAACUGCCAUAUAAUGAUGAAUCUCUAUAGCGAUAGCAGUCUACACAUACCAAUUCAGGACUCUGUUGUGGUUUCAAGUUUUCUCAUUUUGACUUGCAUUUAAACAUUCAUUGCAACGAGCUGCUGGCAUCAAAGUCAAAUAUUUAUCUAUCAUCUGAAUGUUGGCAGAAUAAAUGAAAUCACAGAAACUUGAAGAAAGUUAUAUUCUGACACUGAAACUAUCUGUGUGGUAGACUGAUGUUUACUUGAGUCUGUGUGGUAGAACAUCUUCUCAAUAGACUUCUGAAAGGUUAGUGCCUCGUCUUGUGUUGUUUUAACAAUCAUGGUAAUGAUGAUCAAUUAUGGUAAAACCAAGUUGGCUGACAUUCUUGAAUAGCAGUAUAAGUGGACAACUUCUAGUGUCCAUUGAAGAAUCUCUGAUCUCUAUGCAUGUUGACAUUAACCCCUCUAAUUACUACACACUUGUGAUUGUUUGGCCUA